CCGUCAAGUCGGACUAUCACCACCGCGAGUUUCGCCUCUCCAGCUGACCCCGGCGAGCGCGCCCCCGUGCUGCCAGCCGAACUCUGGCAGAGCAUCAGCACCGGCACGCGCUUCGGGCCGCCCAGGACGUCCCAGCGAUCGCGCGAGAGGCAGGGUCCAGGGGGGUGGCGGGGCCAGUCUCGGGCGUCGGGAUCCGUGGACAGCCGCCUCGGCGCAAGCCGUGCGGGCUCGGGCCACCUUGGCUUGGGUUCGGCUCGUCUCGGAGGCCGCACGCAGCGGCAGCGAUGGGCAGCGCGGCUGGCACCGUGGCGUCCAAACAGGCCACGAAGUACAAGGAGUCGUCCAAGCAGGCCUUUCCUAAGAAGUACCACGACGAGGAGCUCUUGGGCUCGAACGGGACCUACGAGGUCGACGAGGCCACGGCGGGUUCCUGGAACGCCGAGCUGGUGGCGGAAGAUGUGCACGCAGCACCCAAGGAGGUGCAGACCAACACACGGGCAGAUCGCUACAGGUCCAGCAAGGAGUCCGCGGGCACAGUCCGUUCCUCGAGCAAGAUCAACAGGAGCCCCAGGGAGCAGCAGGCAGGAGCAUUCUCGAGAGAAGUCUCGACCAACGACCGCGUAGCGUCCAAGAGGCAGGCGGGGUCAUUCUCGAGAGAAGUCUCGGCCAACGACCGUGAAGCUUCCAAGAAGCAGGUGGGAGCAUCCUCGAGGGAGCCCUCGACGAACGGCCGCGAGCCGUCCAAGAGCGCCGACACGAGCAGCAAGGACAGCCGGGGGACAGGCUCGAAGAAGCUCAUGAGCGGGCUCGACAUGAACGUGAAGGCCCAGCAGGUCACGGUCCUGGGCCGUGACACGACCAGAACGCUGAGCCACGCGGCGCUCUCGAGGGAGGGCAUCUUGAGGGAGCGGCGCGCCAGCUCGGACGACCCUAUGGGCGGCCUGGCCGCGGGCAUGAAGGUCGUCGGCACCAGCAAGGUUGGGCAGGAGAUGGGCGCCGGCACUGUGAUCGGGGCGGGCAACUCGCCUGGCAUGGUGAUGGUCCGGAUGGAGGUGGGCGGCCGGGAGAUGGCGCUGUCGGCCGCGCGGCUGCAGGUCGUGGAGGAGGGCUCGCACCUCGCGGGCCAGCUCCGCAUGCAGCAUAGCAGGCGCAGGCACAGCGUGGCGUAGCUGCGCCAUGAGACUCGGCGGGGUGCACGCGGCCGUAAGGAAGCGUUCCGAUGACCCUCCGGACGUGUGUUAGCCCAAUGUGAGUGAGUGUUUUCCCCGAUCAGCUUCAUUGGUAGCAUGGGGCCUGUGUCGGCCCUCACUGCAGCGCCAGCGUUGUACUGCAGGGCUCCAGUGUGCCAGCACACGUGGACGCCAACACACGUUCUGAGGUCGAACGGUGCUGAUUGUGCCGUCUCAGGUUCAUGCGUGGUUUCCGCGCCCUGGUACUGUCGCCCCCACAGCCGAGCGUUGAGCCGGCGCGCUCCUGUCCCAGGAUGUCUUGCCAGCAAUUGAGUAUCACCGAGUUGGCUGCUUGCGGCAAACCCAACUAGCGUGCCAGCGCAGCAUAUAUCAUAUGACGGGGAGCCGGGCGGCCAGCCUCUGGGGCGGUCCACGUUUUCAAAACUCCCCCCCGGGGUCCUUUCUUUUAACUCCUCGCCCCCUUCAUUUUUCACCCUCCUCGCCGUCCUCGAGGCGCUGUGCACGCUGGGCCAGAUCUCACGCCACAGGCUUGUCUGGUUUGCUGGCCCCUGCAGUUUCCAUGAUGGGGUCGCGGCGAUGUUCGUUGUACUUGGUCGUUUUUUUUCUUCACGCACCACUCUGGUGGUGGCUAAUGGCGACCUGAGAGUAUGGAGCGAGCCAAUGUUCCUCGCGUGUGUGCUUGGCAGAUGCAGUACGCCCUCUGCGCUGUCCUACUGCUGGUCCUUCCCCUGGCCUUCAUCCUCGUCCUUGUCCUCCUCUUCCUUGUCCGUGUCCUACUCCUUGUCUUUUGGCC